UUUCUAAUAAAAACUUGAAAAUUUGAUUACUCAUAGAUCAAAAAAAGUUUAACAAGAUGAAAAAUUAUUUCAUGAACGCCCUUCUCUUCAACCUUGCUACCAUUUUUCUUUUCUUGAACUAUGCAAUGAGCAUAAAUAUAGAUUCCAUCAACGAUAAUUGCAAGAAAGCAGCGGCUAUUGAUCAAAAUUUUAGCUACGACUUUUGCGUUGCGUUUCUUCAAGCCGAUCCCAAGGCCGAAACUGCAACUCUUGCCGAUUUAGAGCUCAUAUCGAUCAACUUGGCUAUAUCGAAUUCGACAAAUAUAAUCUCUCAUAUUUCCCAGCUUCUAAAUCAAAAAUCUUUGGACCCCUACAUUAGUGGUGCCUUAAAAGAUUGCUUGAAGCUUUACAAUGAUGCAAAAUCUGAUUUACAAGAUGCUAUUUCUGAUUUAAAGUCCAACGAUUAUUAUAAAGCUAAUAGUGAUGUUAGUGCUGCCAUGGAUUCAUCAACCACUUGUGAAGAUGGUUUCAAGGAGAAGAAAGGUGUGGUUUCUCCAAUGGCAAAUGACAAUAAAUCGUUCUUCCAAAUAACCGCAAUUAUUCUUUCUUUUAUGACGUUGGCUCAUAAAUAGAAUUCUUCUAAUUGUUUAUGUAUAAGAACUUGCUUAAGUUGGCAAGAUUUAUAAGUACAAUAAUAAUAUU